AUGUUGGACCUGACAGAACUUCUGUCUGCAGCCCGCGACUUAUCUGCCGUGCCCGUAUUGGAGGAAUCGGACUUCCACCAGGGAAGAUAUCGCGACGAAAGCGUACUCAAGUUCCGCGGUGUGGUUCGGGGUGUGCAGGAUCCGGAGUUGGUGUUGCUGGACGGCGAGGCUCCCGCACUGACGGAUGGAGACGCCGUGCGCCAACAGUUGGUGGAGCGUGUACCCCUAACAGUCACUCUUUCCCCUCAUGCGAGUGACUGGUCCACCAUCGCGUAUCGAAACGUUUCAGUGGUCGAAAACUUAAUACAGAGUGAUGGUCGCUGUAGUGCGAAUGAACGUCUCUCAUCUUCCAAGGGCACCAAGCGCUCCAGCGCAGCCGUGGACGAGCAAAUGGAUGACGCAUCUGAGCAAACACAGGACGAUUCGCACGUAAAGAAACCCAAGGCGAUAGAGAAGCAGGAGGACGGCAAUGAGGGGUUAUUACUGCCUCAAGCCGUCAAUAUCUACGUCUACGAAGGCCAGUACAAGGACACGCCAUUAGACGCCUUCAAGGUAAACGAAGCUUUCGAGUUCGUGGGAAUUUUGGACCUCAUGGUGCCUGGAACAGACAGCCAGAAGAGCGAUAGUGAGGCCGGUCUAAGCGCCAAGCAACUCGAGGAGCUGCAGAUCUCCGACUGCAUCGACGAGGUGCAUCGCAAAGGGCGAUCGGGCGUCGUCUUGCACUGCUGUCACGUCAGCCGCUUGCAGAGUGUACACCACGUGCGUCCUCACGAGUCGAGCGAGUUCUAUGACCAGAUCCAGGAGAGCAACGAGUCGCGGACAAAGUUCUGCCAGAACGAGUGGCGUAAGCUGGGGCAACAAGCGCAUGUUGCCGCGAUGCGCGCACAGAUUGUACAGUAUUUGGCACACACCUUGUGUGGAGACACCCUGGCUGCCGAGUACUUGCUCUUGGGGUUACUAUCGCACGUGUACUCACGCGCCGAUCCGUCGACGCCAUUGGGCAAUUUAUCUCUCAACUUGGCUCUAGGCAAAUCCUGUACUGAAGAGCUGAAAAUUGCUUUUAUUGCGGACGUGGAGAAGACUUUGACGUCCCUGAUGCCGAUGGUGGCGCGCGUGGAUCUGUCGCUCAAGGAGCUCAACUCGACUAAGUUUAUGCCGCACAAAGAUUACGAGCGAGAGCUGCUGCUGAGUGGCGUGUUGCAGGUGGCCAAUGGGACGACGAUGCUGGUCAAUGAGACGGCCUUGUCGGCGGGCCAACUGAACGACCAGGGCGUCAAGAACAUGGCGGCGUUGCAGUCGCUGGUCGACAAGAUGCUGUUGCCCUACGACUUCCACUAUUACAACAUGGAUUUCCCUCAGGAUGUGGCAGUAGUCACAGUAUCCGAGGGAAAAAGUAUUCUGCCUGUGACGGUUGCUGUGCCUGUCGUCGCUACUGACAGUGAUACAACCCACGAGCAGCCGACGCAACAGGUUUUAGAGUGUUUCCGUCUCUAUCUCAGCGUCUUGCGCUCGUUUGUCGUCACGAUCGGCAACGAGGAAGCAGAAAUGGCCGAGAAACACUACGUAGAGUGCCGCAAGUCCGAGCAGAAAGUGGCGAUCUUCAUCGCUGGCUGCGACUCGCUCGUCUGGUAG